GACAACUGUUCGUAAACUUCUACAAGCAUGUUCUCUACAUGGCAAUGUUCGCGGUCUUAUUCAGAAUGUCAAACUCCGAGUGAAUGACCAGGAUAGCACAAACAUUUCCUAAGCUCUAGGAAACAAGAAAAGCGAGACAAAAACUCUCAAAUGGGACUAGUCUGCCAGUACUUGCAAAGGAUACGUGGAUGAAUCCGAGAAGUCCGAUUUUUUUCAGAUAUGGAGAUGAUUUGGACACAUUACCGCAUGUCGAUUUCAGAAUACCUGUUCGUUUUGUGUUUGAUGCCACUGGAAUUGUUUGCGCAGAUAGCUCCCGAGUGCUACCCCAGCGGAUAUCGGACCUUGCGGAACCCGUACAGGAGCGUUGACUUUGACUCUACGGAGCUCCAGAACACAGCCAUCCAGGACCUGAUAUGUGACCACUCGCUGCCAGCGGCAUGGUACCGUUUCACCAUCAACAACAAACCAGCGGAGAUGCCCACCAGCUGUGUGGAGAUGAAUCGCUGUGGGACCCAGGCCCCCGUGUGGCUCUCCCUGAAGGACAGCUCGCUGCCCCAGCCCGGGGAGGUGCGACAGCUCUCCGCCUGUGCCACCUGGCAGUUCUUCCACGGCAGCACCAAGGACUGCUGCCUCUUCCGCAUCCCCGUCUCUGUGCGCAACUGCGGAGACUUCCUGCUCUACUUCCUGCAGCCUACACAGGGGUGCAUGGGAUACUGUGCUAAAGUCAUUACAGAGUUCGCACCUAAGGUUUGCCCAGCAGGACAGAUUGAAGUUAAUGGAGUAUGCAAAGCCACCGUGUCCCCACUCACCUCCAAGCCAGUGGUCACCCCAGAGCUCAUCGGCAGCAGUGUCCACCUGAGGUGCUCCUUCCAAGGGGGGACGUCCAGCCUGCCUGUCGGCUACCUGGUGGCAUGGCACCGGCUCUCCACUUCCGGUGCCAGGGAGGAGGUCCGCAGGGAGUCCACCCUCAAGCUCUUCUCCCUUGUGGAGAUGGAUGGCGUCCACUUCAGGCUGGGAGAGACGUUUUCUUGCAGUGUGUCUACGUUCCUGCGUAACUCUUCAAAGACGCAGUCCCUGCCCAAAGAGAGUGAUGGCUUCUUUGCUGGGAUUAAGUUUUCCCCAGAGUCGCUGCACAUCAGGGAAGACGGCAAAGAGCAUCAGGUGUCCGUCCACAGCACCGUACCCAUCCCUUGUCACGGAGCCGCGCAGGGCCACCAGUGCAAGGUCACCCUCACCGUCAGCGUCCAUGACCAAGACAGCCGAGUCCAGGAGGCCCCUAACGUGGCUCUCUCAUCGUGCCAGCUAGAGCUGUUGCCCACAACGUGCGGCCCAGACGGCUGUGCCCAGGGCACCCUGCUGCUCACGGCCACCACCGACUUCACCCGCGACGGGAACCGGGCGAGUCUGGUCACACCACAGCCCACACGAGGCAGCCCGCGGCCCUGGAGGAGCUACAGGCCAGACCCGCUCAGGGUCAUGGUUCAGGACAUUCCCACCGCCACCUGCUACUCCCUGACUGAUCCACACAUCGUUACGUUUGAUGGCAGGCGGUAUGAUAACCACCAGACAGGCACGUUUGUGCUCUACCGAAGUCUGAGUCGGGUCUUUGAGGUGCAGUCACGGCAGUGGGACUGCGGAAGCCGCCAUUACGCCGUGGCCUGCAACUGUGGGGUGGCGGUCCGCGAGGGCAACGACCUGGUGACCUUUGACAUGUGCAACGGGCAGCUGCAGGAGACCAGGCCACACAUGUCCAUCAAGAGUCUGUCUAAAACCAUGCCCCCACAGGUCAAAAUCCAUGAGUCACACCAGGGGGGGAAAGUCACGGUGCUGUUUCCGUCGGGGGCAUUUGUGCGCGCUGAUGUGAGUGACUGGGGAAUGAGUCUGGCAGUCAGGGCGCCGGGGUCAGACCUCAAUCGCACCCGCGGCCUCUGCGGAACCUUCGACCGAAACAGCCACAAUGACCUGCACGAUGCCGAUGGCUCCCCCCUUAGCAGGAGCGAAGACCUCCAGCACUUCAUCCACACCUGGAGGAUAGCACCUGGGGAGAGCUUAUUUGACAGCACACCACCUGCGCUCGAGGGGGAGACGAAGAGGAAUUUCUGCCGCUGUCAGAGAGGCUACACCGCGUCGGUCCGCGGGACAGGGGUGGCGGACUUCCUGUUUAACCACGUCCCAUCAUCCCUUUGUCAGGACUAUGACAGCGCGGAUUACACGUCUCUCUUCCCAUUCCGAGACGCCACCGCAGACUACGUGCACGGUUACAACACCAGACAAAAGCAGAGCGUCCGCAAGCGUCACAUCUCCACUACGUCAGCAGACUCGCCUACUGGGUCCGGCAAAGAUGGCGUCCAGACACCAAAGGAGAAGGAGCGGCCUGUUGUGGCCAGUUUGUUGUCCAGCGAGACGAGCUCGGCUCAGCCACCUGGCUCAGCAGGUCGAAGGUCAAUGGCAAACGAGCGGAGGGGAAAGAGGCAGAGUCUGUAUGACUUCCCCACGAGUGGUAGCCGCCACCACCAGGGCCCGAACCCGGAGUUCCAGCCCAUCCUGUCCUUCCAGAGCCUGAGCCAGCUGGACUUGGAGAGCUUGGCCUAUUUCUUCCCGGAGGACCACGUGUCAGAGAGCCGGGAGGCACCAGAGCCCGUGUGGCCCACGCCCAGCGGCCUCACCUCGGCCAAGGCGCUGGAGCUGUGCCAGGCGGCGUUGGCCAACUCCACCGUGGGCGCCGCGUGCCGCGGGCUGCUGGACCGACGCCUGGACGAGGCCGUGGACCUCUGCAUCCAGGACCUGCAGCUGAAGGACGAUCUGGCCUGGGAGGACGCCCUGCUGCCCUUCCUGGAGAACGAGUGCGAGCGACGCCUGCUGCGGAACCGGACCCAGCGAGCCCUACAGCUCGGCGGUGGAGCUGUUGGUGGUGGUGGUGGUGGUGGUACUGACAGCACCCUGGGCGCACCUGGAGAUGUCGUCACUGCCCUGCGCUGCCCAAACCUUUGCAGCGGCAACGGGCACUGCACGGAGUCUGGGUGCCAGUGCCACCCUGGGCACAGCCGGUACGACUGCAGCAUAUCCAUCGGUCAGAUGGUAGAGGUAACAGACCUGGAGAACAGUGGCCUUUGUGACUUCAGGGCUUUUGACUGCAGUAGCGUGCGAGUCUUUGGCCUGGGCUUCCUCGACUCACCCAACCUCAGCUGCCAUGCCACCAAACUCAUGUACGUGAAUGGAGAGUGGAUUCCAGGGGAGAAGACUCUGACCAAGGUCACUUUCCUGAGCUCCAAGGCGGUGGACUGUGACGUGCCAGCCCUCGCCACCAUGGCCGAUGACUCCAUCGACUUCACAAUGGACGACAGGCCGUAUGCCAGAUGGAAGAUUCAGGUCACAAAUGAUGGCAGUCAGUACAGCGAGCCAAAGGUCUUGACCCUGUAUGAUGGGGUGUGUCAGCAAUGUUCUCCCUCUCCUUCUGGGCUCUGCAAAUUGAAGGAGAAGACGUGUAACAUUGAGGGCAUGUGUUUCCGUGAGGGCGAUGCCAACCCCACCAGCCCGUGUCUGCUGUGUAACCCCGCUGCCUCCAAGUUCACCUGGUCUCUCAACGAAGUUAAUCAGGCGCCGACCUUCCACGAGCCGCUGUCGGGCCUGCGGACCUUUGUGGGGGAGAACUUUGUGUACCAGCUGACGGCGUCGGACCCCGAGGGCUCGGCUCUGCUCUUCCUGCUGGAGGGGGGUCCUGCCCAGGCCUCGCUCUCCCCAGCCGGCCUCCUCAUCUGGAAAGUGCAUUCGGACGAGACACAGACGUUUAGAUUUACGGUGUCGGACGAAUGCAAUGCGCAGAGCAGUGACACCGUGCAGGUGACAGUGAGACCCUGUGGCUGUAGGAACGGUGGAACAUGUGUCACCGACAUCAAUUUCCCACCAGGCAGUGGGGAGUACCUGUGUGUGUGUUCAGCAGGUUUCCGUGGUAACCACUGUGAGCAGAACGUGGAUGACUGUCUGUCAGACCCGUGUGGAGGCGGAACGUGUGUGAACACCGUGGACGGCUUCCUGUGCCAGUGUGCCCCGGGACUUAGAGGGCCCACGUGUCAGGAAGAUGUAAAUGAGUGUGAGAGGAACCCCUGCUACCCCGGGGUUCAGUGUCUCAACAACUUCGGCUCCUACACCUGCACCACAUGUCCGCCGGGCACCACGGGAGACGGGACCACCUGCACAGCAGUAGCUCAGCCAGUCACCUCUGCCCCAACCUCCAUUCGGACCAUCAACUCCAGCAGGACCAGCGGUUCCAACAGAAUCAGCACCUCUGGCAGAACCAGUGAGACCGUUUGGACCAACGGCUCAAACAGGCCCAGCACCUCCAGCAAGACCCGUGAGACCAGCCUCUCCAGCAGAAUCAGUCCCGGGGGCAAAACCAGCAAUGGACCAGCUCUCACGGGACCUGAAGUCAGCCGACCUCCUGCCCCUGCUCCGGUACCUGCACCGCUUUCCCCUCCUGCCCUGGUCCCAGACGCCCCAGUGGCACCAGCUGCCCCAGUUGCCCCGGCCAAGACCAGCACUCCCCUGGGCACCAAGACCAGCAACAGGAGUCCCGUCACCAUCAUCGCCUCCAGCGAGGGCAACAAGGCCGACUAUCCCCCAGUUCCCUCGCCGUGUUCCAGCAGGCCCUGUUACCCAGGCGUCCAGUGCAUCGACCUGCGCCCGCCCUACGUGGGCUAUGUCUGCGGACGCUGCCCACCUGGUUACCAUGGCAAUGGGCGCGUCUGCACCAAACAUCCCCGAGCAGCUGGUCAGUCCCAGUCCAAGCUCAGCAGGUCAGGCCCGGUCCACAGUAAAGCUCCGCAGCUACACCUGCCCUCGGUCCCCUUCAGGAACUCCCACCGCCACAUCUCCCUCUCCCAGCCUUCGGCACGGAGCAUCCCUCCCAUCCAGAGCGGCACGGCGUGGCCCCCGGCGCUACGCAACGCGGCCCCUGCACCCACGCUUCACCCGGUGACAGAGAGGCGGCUAGCCUUGCGGCCCCAGCAGCAGCUGCAGCUCGACCGGGAAGCACACACACACAAGGAAACACACUCACACACCACCAGCAACCGCUUCUCAACGCACAGCGCGCAGCCAGACGUGCAGCCAGACGCCGGGGCUGGGAGUCGGAGGGAGUCUCGAGCCGGAGCCGACGUGGCUGGUUCUUCUUCUUCUUCUAAGGCUGCCGUAUCCCAGAGUGGUGCUGUUGUUAGCAAAGCAGCAGCAGCGGCAGCGGAGAGCGGUAAAGUGACCCCCCCGCACUCCAGGUCCCCCGAAAUCCGUCCCCCACCACAACACCGGUCCCCGGCGCUGCUCAUGGCCCCAGGAGGGGCGCGCGCGUGGACCCCCGCCCAGCAGCAUCCCCAGACAGCCGCGCUGACCGCCCUCUCUUUCUCCUUCUCUGAGGCCGAGUACUCGGCGGACGGGGCGGCGGUGGACGUCGACACUGACCCACAGCCCGUGUUCCCCUUCACCACACCGGCCAGACGCACGUAUCGGCCCUCCUCCGACUCCACAAAGCCCCGCCACCCCACCCCGCCGCGCGUAAGCGGUAUCAGUCUCAUGGGCCGCCGCGACCCUGAACCCGGGUCCGAAUCUGACCUGGGACUGGACUUCGCCCCUCUGACCUGUGACGACGCACCAUGCUACCCUGGGGUCCCUUGCUUCCAUAGGCCAAGCGGUGGGUUCCGCUGUGGCCGCUGCCCCAUCAACUACAUCGGGGAUGGACGAUCCUGCCGAGCUGUGUGCAGGCACCCAUGCGGUAGGAACAUGGAGUGUGCCGCCCCCAACACCUGCCGCUGCAAGCCAGGAUAUAUAGGCCCCAACUGUCAAACAGCACUCUGCAGCGUGCCAUGCCAGCAUGGAGGGACGUGUGUGGGCAGAGACACCUGCUCCUGCCCGUAUGGCUUUGUGGGGCCCAGAUGUGAAACCAUGGUGUGUAGCCGUCACUGUCAUAACGGCGGGGAGUGUGUGUCGCCUGACGAGUGCCUCUGCAUGCCUGGAUGGACAGGACCCUCCUGUGAGACGGCCUUGUGUGACCCGGUGUGUCUAAACGGGGGUACCUGCCUCCGCCCCAACACCUGCAGCUGCCCCCACGGCUUCUAUGGCUCCCAGUGCCAGAACGCUGUCUGCAACCCUCCCUGUAAGAAUGGUGGCCGCUGCAUUCGCAACAACGUCUGCACCUGUCUGGAUGGGUACACUGGAAACCGCUGUGAGAGAAGUGUGUGUGAGCCAGGCUGCAUGAAUGGCGGGAGGUGUGUCGGCCCAGAUGUGUGUGACUGCCCCUCUGGCUGGCGAGGGAGGCGCUGCGAUAAACCCAAGUGCCUGCAGAAGUGUCUGAACGGUGGAGAGUGUGUCGGGCCCAAUACCUGUCUGUGCAGUACCGGUUGGCAGGGCACUCUGUGCCAAGUCCCCAUCUGCGAACAGAAGUGCCUGUACGGGAGCCGCUGUGUCCGGCCCAAUUACUGCGCCUGCAGAUACGGCUAUGAAGGGACUGGCUGUGCCAGGAAGCUGCCGUUUGUCCGAGGCGGCUGAAGAGGUGAUCGUUGUGAAGAGAACUUUCAGCUCAGCCAGCUCGGCCCUCCUGACUCUGCUGGUCACCCUGUGAACACUCGCUGCACCCUGGGCCCCAGCCUGUACAUAUCCAUAUAGCCAAAGAUGAUAAUUUAUACGUGAGGGUAUAGUAUCGAUAUGCAAUGAAUUUGUAAUGAGAUUAUGUUGUCUGAGAAGGCCCAGAUGAUUUAUCCAAGUCUGUCUGGUUCUUUCAUAUUCUGCUCUCUGGUAUUGCAUUGGCACUUGUGUGAUUCUGUUUGAAUGCUGUUUAACUAGUAGAGGUGUUGCUUGUGAUUUCUGACGGGUGUCAUCAUCUUGUCACCUGCAAUGGCCAGGCUUUCUGGUCAGGUGUCAGCCAUUCACUGUGAUUCUGUAUAGCAGAUGUGUGGCCUAAAAGUGAUACUUUCAUAUCAAUGACUGAGUCGAGGGUGAGGAAAUCAGUACCCCUCAACAACAACAACAACAACAAAUAAGGUCUCCAUCCUAGCUGACAGCAACCACCCACAAAAAUGUCUACUAUCAGACUCUUCCUCCACACACACACACACACACACACACACACACACUUUUAUGUGACAGGGGAAGGGAAGAAGUGAUGAGAAAAGGAGAAGAGAUAAAGACGUUGUUUGUGUUGUUUGUGUCUGGACUGGCACAGAGCAACAAUAUCAGUUUUUUCGGAACUGUCUCGACUUGCUCUUUCUCGGGUGCCAAGCACACUCGUUUUCAUCCAGAACAAACAAACAAACAAAAAGCAAGCAAACAGUCGGAGCAAUUAACUUUUACAGACGUUUCAUUAUUGUGCUAUCUGUGCCACGGUAUCGGGGCGGCCUGGGGAGGCAUACCUAAUUCCACAGCAGUUUUGUAUUUACAAUCGAUAGCGUCCUUUUUUCAUGCUCAAGAUUUGUGGAAAGCAUUGCAAAAUGGUGCUUUGAAUUUUUAACUUAUUGGUUGUUUGAUAUUUUAUACUCUUGUACUGUAUAUAAAAAAAAUGGAGGUAUGCUUCAUUAUUUCCUAAUAAAA